UAUUCUGUUUUAGGCUUGAGUUUAUUGGGGGGAUUGAGGAAGCCUACACUUCAAUUGCCACCAACUCUGGGCGCGGCGCCGUCGAAGAGCUUCGGCUCUGACGGUAUGUACAUUUUAUUUCUACUAAUAACUGACUUCGUUUAACACAAUGAGUAUGAAAAUGAUAGAUAAACAGUACCCGAAACGAAAGUAAAACCAAGAUUCGGAAGUUAUGUUCAGGUUAUGACUCUUUUUUUUUAUAUUUUUGUUUAUAUUAUUAUACUUUAUAGAAUAAUUGUUAAUUUAUUUGACGUGAAGUUAGUAAAUUUACGGAAUGUAAAGUUAUCGUAAGUACUACUUUCGAGUAGAAAUAUGAAAAAGACUAGUAUGUUCCAAUGAGUUUUAAAUUCAAUUCUUAUGUUACAUUUGAAUUUCAGUUCAAUGCUCUAUGUAUUACGGACCAACUCUUCAUAGAUAAAUAAACACUUUAUUGCACACAUAAUAAUAACAAUUUACAGAGAGUGAUAUAUUUUAUUUUAUUUUUGACAGCAUCUCUGCCUACGUUGUCAGCUAGCUUAGGUCGAUCGAGUUUGGAAUCUUCACCUAAGAAGAAAGGGCGUGGCCGUCCCAGGAAGAACGACAAAGACAAGUCGACUUCAUCACCAGAUCUGUUCAGCCCAAUGGCGUUAUCGGAUAAGUCAAGCCUGCCGGGAGUGGAGACCUCUCCUAAGAAAAAAAGUCGCGGCCGCCCCAAGAAGAACGACAAAGAUAAGUCUACGUCCUCACCAGAUAGCUUCAGGUAUAUUAAAUAAUAAAUGCUUUAUUAUAAAAAUUUAAUGAAAUCGAUCAGCUAGUAUUUACAUUAUUUGGUAAAUAUUAUGCUUAAUAAAUAACGUGUUAAAAUUACAGUUCGAAUAUCAAAAUAAUAGUAAAACUCAUAAAGUAUCCGUUUUAUUCCAAUAAUUCGGAUGCGCAAAGGUCGAGAUGUGGAUGCAUUGCAAUAUAGGUCGUAUUAUAUUUGUUUUUUGAAUAAUUACGCGUUAUUUGUUACAGUAAUUGAGACUUAAAUCGAUUUAAUUAAAGUUGAUUUUGGUUAAGCAGUUACUUGUAGGCAUCAAAAUAUCAUUGGCUUUAUUUUGCAUCUCGAUUCGAUUUUAUUUAUAGGGAAGGCAAUGGGGACAUUAUUAGGUUGAUGAUCUAUGUAUGAUUAUUAGGACAAUGCAAGGUGUGGGCGUGGAAGGUAAGCUGUCUAGUCCGGUGCCUGCAUCGUUCCUGCAUUACCGCGGCCCGCCGGGGGAAGUGGGCUCUGACAGCGAUCUAGCACUAUCCAGGUCGUCGAGUAGCAGCUCUGUAUGGUCACAGUCAUGUUCCUCGUGCACACAUUACGAUGACAAUGGCUCAGAUCACUCCUGCAUGAGCACCAGCGAUGGUUCCAGUAAUGGAGGACCGGAGUCUGAGAACGCAGGUCGGCGGUCACGUCGUGCGGUACAGACAGAUGCGUCAGAUAAUGAACCCACUACACCUAUCAAGGUAAGAAACGUUACAGAAAGAUACAACUAAU